GCCGCUGCUCCGCCUCCGUCGGGGCGCCCCGCGGCCCCACUUCGUAACGAGCUACGGGUUCAGGUGCACAGGUCCUUAGAUGUUUGCCUUACUGAGCCAGUUAAUAUUUGCCUUAAUGUCGGCCCCACGCCGGAAUGCAAAGCUCACACCAGAUGCUUCGGCCCCCUCGCGAGCACUGGAUAAACAGCAGGACCCACGUGCCGGCGCCACAGGUCACGUGUCCUGCCGGGGGGAAAGACCACCGAGUCCGUCCUCCAGCCUCCCAGAGAAGACUCGGAAGUGCUCCGAAGCCCGUACGCGUCCUUCCGGGCGGGCCGUCCGCGCUUUUGUCCCGCCGGCGGCAGGGCUCCCGCGGCGCCGCUAAAGCCAUGUCACAUUUGAAGACAGACACUGAGGAUGAGGAAUCAACUGAAAAAUAUGAAAAUAUUGGAAAUGCAGAAUCUCUGUGGCCAAAAGUGGAAGGUCUUCACAAGGAUUACAUGCAGGAAUCUAAAGUUGGUGAAACUUGUGAUUGGGAUAGCAAGUUAGAGAAUCAGUUGGAAAAGCCUGAGGGAAGAAGAAUGAAGGAAGAUAAAAGUGGUGUCAGGGCAAAGACUGGUAAAGCCAAUAAUACAGCAAAUAUAAAGACAGAACAGGAAGAUGAGGCAUCUGAGAAAAGCUUACAUCCAAGCUCAAAACAUGUUACCCACCAGACUGUCCCUGUAGAACAGAAGAGGAGUGAACAAGGCAAGUGUGUGGAGAAUGUUAAUGGGAACUCCCACCCUAGUCUACAGCAGAAAACCAGUUCUGUUAAGAAAUCACAUAAGUGUGAAGAGUGUGGGAAAUGUUUCAAAUAUAAUUCCCGCCUUGUUCAACAUAAAAUUAUGCACACGGGGGAAAAACGCUAUGAGUGUGAUGACUGUGGAGGGACAUUCCGGAGCAGCUCAAGCCUUCGUGUCCACAAGCGGAUUCACACUGGGGAGAAGCCAUACAAGUGUGAGGAAUGUGGGAAAGCCUACAUGUCCUACUCCAGCCUCAUAAACCACAAAAGCACUCAUUCUGGGGAGAAGAACUGUAAGUGUGAUGAGUGUGGGAAGUCCUUCAAUUAUAGCUCUGUAUUGGACCAGCAUAAGAGGAUCCACACUGGGGAGAAACCCUAUGAAUGUGGUGAGUGUGGGAAGGCCUUCAGGAACAGCUCUGGCCUCAGAGUCCACAAAAGAAUCCACACUGGGGAAAAGCCCUACGAAUGUGAUAUCUGUGGGAAAACCUUCAGUAAUAGCUCUGGCCUGAGGGUCCACAAAAGGAUCCACACAGGGGAGAAGCCCUAUGAAUGUGAUGAGUGUGGGAAGGCCUUCAUUACUUGCAGAACACUUCUAAACCAUAAAAGUAUCCACUUUGGAGAUAAACCUUAUAAAUGUGAUGAGUGUGAGAAAUCAUUUAAUUCUAGCUCUCUCCUCAUUCAGCAUAAAGUCGUCCACACUGGAGAGAAACCUUACAAAUGUGAUGAAUGUGGGAAGGCCUUCAGGAACAGCUCAGGCCUUAUAGUUCAUAAAAGGGUCCACACGGGAGAGAAACCUUACAAGUGUGAUGUCUGUGGCAAAGCAUUCAGCUAUAGCUCAGGCCUUGCAGUCCACAAAAGCAUCCACCCUGGGAAGAAAGCCCAUGAGUGUAAGGAGUGUGGAAAAUCCUUCAGCUAUAACUCACUUCUUCUUCAACAUAAAACCAUUCACACUGGAGAAAGACCUUAUGUAUGUGAUUUGUGUGGGAAAACUUUCAGAAACAAUUCAGGCCUCAAAGUCCACAGGAGGCUACAUACUGGUGAAAAACCAUAUAAGUGUGAUGUGUGUGGAAAAGCAUACAUUUCACGCUCUAGCCUUAAAAACCACAAAGGAAUCCACCUUGGUGAGAAGCCCUAUAAAUGUAGCUAUUGUGAGAAGUCCUUCAAUUACAGCUCUGCUCUUGAACAACAUAAAAGGAUUCAUACAAGGGAAAAACCCUUUGGGUGUGAUGAAUGUGGAAAAGCCUUCAGAAAUAAUUCAGGUCUUAAAGUACAUAAACGAAUCCACACUGGGGAGAGACCUUACAAAUGUGAAGAAUGUGGGAAAGCCUACAUUUCACUCUCAAGCCUUAUAAAUCAUAAAAGUAUACACCCUGGGGAAAAGCCCUAUAAGUGUGAUGAGUGUGAAAAAGCUUUUAUCACGUACCGAACCCUUAUAAACCACAAAAAAAUUCAUCUUGGGGAGAAGCCCUACAAAUGUGAUGUAUGUGAGAAAUCUUUUAAUUACACCUCACUCCUUUCUCAACACAAAAGGGUUCACACUAGAGAGAAACCCUAUGAAUGUGACAGGUGUGAGAAGGUCUUCAGAAACAACUCAAGCCUUAAAGUACAUAAAAGAAUCCAUACUGGGGAGAAGCCCUAUAAAUGUGAUGUGUGUGGGAAAGCCUACAUCUCACAUUCAAGCCUUAUUAACCAUAAAAGUACCCACCCUGGCAAGGCACCACAUACUUGUGAUGAAUGUGGAAAAGCUUUUUUCUCAAGCAGAACUCUGAUAAGCCAUAAAAGAGUCCAUCUUGGGGAGAAACCCUUCAAAUGUGUUGAGUGUGGGAAAUCUUUCAAUUACAGCUCACUCCUUUCUCAACACAAGAGAAUCCACACAGGGGAGAAACCCUAUGUGUGUGAUAGGUGUGGGAAGGCAUUCAGGAACAGCUCGGGCCUCACAGUGCAUAAAAGAAUUCACACAGGCGAGAAACCCUAUGAAUGUGAUGAGUGUGGGAAGGCAUACAUUUCACAUUCAAGUCUCAUCAACCAUAAAAGCAUCCACCGUGGGCAGCAGCCCUAUAAUUGUGAGUGUGGGAAAUCCUUCAAUUAUAGAUCUGUCCUUGACCAACACAAGAGGAUCCAUACUGGAAAGAAGCCAUAUAGAUGUAAUGAGUGUGGGAAGGCUUUUAAUAUCCGAUCAAAUCUCACCAAGCAUAAAAGAACCCAUAAUGGAGAGGAAUCUUUAAUAAAUGUGACAAGUGUGGGAAAUCUUAGUGGCACAACGCAGAAGAGAACUCAUGAUGGAGGCAAUGGUCUAGAUGGGACCAGGGUGAGCAUAUUUCUGUAGGAGGCAGAGUUACCAAAUCUCGAAGAACUCAUAUGGAAGAAAAACCUGAUGAGUGUAAGGAUAUCUGAGGUCCUUAUAAUUUACAUAGUAUUGGUGAAACCACAAGUAGUCUUUUCUAUGUGAUCCUCAAUCACAGCCAGCAAGGAGGCCUACAUUGUCAAGGUAGUUGAGUCCUUAUGGAAUAUAAAAUAGUUGAUACUUGGGAUAAAACCUAAUGAUUUAAAAAAUCUUCAAUAUCAGCAGACAUUUCUGGACAUAUAAGAAAACGGAUGAGUAAAGGACUUCCAUUACAAGUCACAUGAUCACCACCAGAACGUUCAUAUUUGGGUAAAUUCUGUGAAUAGAAAUGGGAAAUUGAGGUAUAGUUUUGAAUCCCAAUUAGACAUUAAUCAGUGGGAAGAAGAAUGGCCUCCAAUAGGCAGAUUCAGGGAGAGAGAGGUUUCAGGGAAUAUACAUUUAUUUAAUAGUAGUGAUCUUGAAGUGUAAACGAUAUAAUGGGGUGAUGGCAAAUUCUGAAAAUAUGUAUUUUGUAGGAAGAGUAAAAAGCAUAGACAAAUCUGAUAGAGUCACUAGAAAAAAAACUACUGUUGUAAUGUUAUGAUACACUAGUUGAAUGGGUGAAACUUUUUAAAAAUUUCAAAUGAACCCCCUCAAUGGAUUAAUGUGUGAUUGAUGAAAACCUCACAUACAAUUUGGUACAAAUAAAAGGUACAAAUAAAUGGGGGGAAAUUGAGCACAUCAGUAACUAAUGGAAUAUGUCAUCAACAUGGAUUCACCCCUACAUGAGGAUUUUAUUCAGGGAUUCCCAUGAAUAGAAAUGCUGAGGAGAGCAUUUAUUGCAGGAGCUAAAAAGCUAACUAGCUACCAAUAAUCAAGGGAUAGGAAGAAAUUCAUGCUUAAUAAGCCUGUUAAAUGUUUGGAAUGUGUUACUCUAAAGGUUUGAUACACUACAUGUGUGUAUUGUCUGUUGUAAAAUGUUAUGAAUACUUUGUUCAGGGCUUACUCUGUCUUGGCCAUAAAGUUGUGAGAUGAGGUGGAAUGCCAAUAAAUUCCUCCAAAGUAAACAGGCUGUGACUGACUUCACAUGGAGCAAUAUGCAGAGAAAGCUAUUCGUGUGUCACAUCUUUGUGGAGUAAGUUAUACCAGAUCCAAACCAGGCUGGGCAGCAGGGAACUAAUCCUCAGGACUGGUUGCUCAGGUUUCAUGAGAAAUCAGAAGUGCAGAAUUGAUUGAUCCUAAACCUGGGGCUGGAACAUAACUCCUGGGAGUGGGCAGGCUGUGAGAUUGACCAGUCACCACACAGAAACGGUUGCAUCAGAAACAGAAUAUAACAAAAUAUUUUUUAAAGCUGUUAACUAGGUAACAGGGUAAAAGGAGAGUCUUGUGAGAAGUAACCUGUCCAAGAAUAUGCUCAGUGAGACCUAUCUGUAGAGGCUGAAUUCUCAGUUCUCUGCCUCAAAAUUCACUCUACAAAAGAAUAAUCUGUAGUCACAUAGUUUCCUGUCUUCCCUAUGUUGGCUGGUUUUUUCUCUGACCACAUAGGCUACUGGCUUCCCUAGGAUUUCUGUUUUUAGCUAUAUAGGUUCCCAGCCUCUAUCUGGGAGUGUUAAACUUACACUUUGUCUCCAAGUCCCCACUAAUAAGUUUUGAUGGACUGGGGAGGGAUGGGGCUAAGGGAGAAGGAGAAAGCAUUUCUGCCAGUCCACUCAACUUUGGAAUAUCACAACCACACUUUCUCUUUUCUCUACAUGGAAUACUGGAAAACCUGACCCUUUUCACAGACUUGGAUUAGUUUAUUCAGCAAAUGCUUGUUGAGGAUUUGAUAGGCA